CGGCGGAGUGUGUACACAACUUCCGAUUCCUGAAAGAUGUCGAAUAACGCGCCCUUUACGAAGUCCAAAACAGAGAAGUUCCGUAAAUCUCGCUCCGUAUGCAUGGCUUUUUUCUGUAGAUGAUGGAUGAUAUAAUACAAGGUCAGGAGCCUCAAGGUUUAUUCUCCAAGCGUUCGUCUUCAAAUAUUCUCUCAGAUCCAAGGAUUUUGGCACAUUUACGGAUCGUGGCAGAAGAGGCUCAAAGCUCUGAGCAGAAUCACGAACAUGAUGAAGAAUCAGAGCUGCAGAACACGAAACGGGAGCUUGGGUUAAAGAUAGCGGCUUACAACAAAGGAAACCAACAUGGGGCAUUCCGACUGAUAUUGAAAGAGGAUUUAGGUUUCGAGGGAGCUUUACGUUUCUACUUUGAGGACGGGAAAGAGGAACUAACAAAGGCUCUACGCCUCACCAACAAAACUCUGGUUUCGGAGCUGCUACCAACGCUGAUCGAAAAGUUCAAGCCCGAUUUGGCCAACUCGGUAGUUGAGAAGAAGGCCAAACUUUAUGAAGUUUACGAAGAAGAUGAAAUCUGUCUAGAUCCUUCUGAUGCUCCACUUGAAAUUGCGUUGAAUGCCAAAAAGCAUCCAAGAUUUGUUUUACGUUUGGAUGUCAAAACUUCCCCUGAAACAAGUGCUGCAUCAAAUAGUGAAGGAGCCAUAAACAAGACAUCUGUGCCAAAUGGGACAGCUUUGAUUGAUCAUCCUACAAAUCAUAGUCCAAGUCCAUCACUUGCCAGCACCAGAACUGCUGGCAGUGAUAACAGUUCUUCUGGAAGCUUUACUGGACAAUCACAGUUAAGAAAUGACAGCCCUUUACCAAGUAGAAAGCCAUUUAUAAAGCCAAAAAGUCCAUCACCAACCCACAACACACUAAAUGACAAAAUGCCCUCAUCAGCAAGAGGCGAUAAGAUGAGAAACUUUUUCAGUUCCCCAAGGAGUGCUCUUGGCAUGUUUUUCGAUGGAGCAGGGAAUCAGCCAGAUCAGAGUUCUCAUGCCGCAAACAAAACUGCACGUUCAAAGCAUAAAAGAAAGGGAUCUCUUGGCCGUCUUAAAAAGAAGAAGGCAGAUCAAAAUACUACAACUGAACUUUCAACUGAGCAGAUGGCUCCAGGUAUUCUCAAGGUCUUUGGAGAUCAUGUUUCACCUGGCUCAAACUAUAAAAGUGUGCGAGCUACUGAGAUGACCACUGCAGAAGAAAUUGUUCAACAGGCUUUAGAGAGAUACUCACUUUCUACAGAGAAGGCUUCUGAUUAUGUGCUUUGUGAUGUAAUUGGAUACUUUACCAAGAGAAAAGGCAAUGUUAAAAAUGCAGAGGAAGAUGCUGAUAAGUGGGAAACAGAAUAUGCCAGGGUUAUUAGUGACCAAGAAAAACCUCUUGUGCUUCAACAAUUGUGGAAGCCAAUUGGAGGAUUUUCUCGCAGAUUUGAACUGCGGAAGAGGAGUGAAACUCAGGACUCCUCAUUUUUCAAACCAAGAGGUAGCAUUGCAAUUAUGAAAGCUGCAUCCAUGCGUGAAGCCCAUGUACCUACUAGUGUAAGGGAAAUCCGUCGUGAUACAGGACAAAGUGACGCAUCACACAUUUCAUCGAGUGAAGACCAGCUUUCAAGCAUCGGUAUUGAAGAGGGGGGCAGUUCUGGGCGAGCAUCUUUAAUUGCAUCACCAUUUAUUGCGCCCACGGACACACCACACCUUCUCCUUCUCAAAGGUUGUAGUAGCCCUGAUGACUACUUAUACCACAGGUUAGAUGAACAGUUAUCCGUGGUUGGUUGCCCUGUGCAUCAGCCUGAUAAUCAAUGUGCUGAUGUAAUUCUAUUUGCACCAGAUAUUUUACCACAACAUUGCACUUUGAUUAAAAGAGUGGAAUCAUCAAGUCCAGAUUUUGAACAAGAAUACAAUGAUUUGAAUUUUGCAGUUUAUUUAGAGCCUUCCAGAGGUGCUGACGUGUGCGUAAAUGGUGCAGCUGUUUUAUCUCCCACAAAGCUGAUCCCAGGAGACCUUGUUUCAUUUGGAAAGCAUUACUAUUUCCUAUUCAAAGAUCCCUCUCAAGUUGCGGAUAGUUCCAUGAAAUUAUCCUGGGUCAAUUAUUUGAAACAAUUUCACAAGAUGAAAAUGGCUGAGGAUGCAGAACAUGCAUCUGGUGUGCAAAAUAUUCAUGAUGGUGAUACUAGUAAUAUUUCAAAUGCCAAAGAUGGUAUUGAUGUUCCUGAUGAAGCACAGAAUGGUUUACGAUUGUCUUACUCUCAUCAAGAUGAGGAUUACCUGCUUGAUAUGAUAAUGAACAUGGUAGAUUUAUCAGGAGAUGGUUACAAAUUAUCCCCAUCAUAUCUGUUAAUCCUGUGCAUUGAACACUCUGCAAAAUAUCACACAGAGCUACAAACAAGACAGCUUCUCGUCAAGAUAUCAAAUGGAAUCCAGACAGUUGCAUCAGAAAAAACAGCAGAAAUGUCAAAGACAAUUGACAGAACAUCAGUUCCAGAAAAAGCUUUAGAAGAGCUUCUUCCUCAGCUACGACCAGUGGUGUUUUGGAUGGCCAAUUGUCUGCAAAUGUUGCCUUACCUCCAGUGCAACAUGUCUCGUUACAUCAAAGACCCAUCUCAAAUGGCUGAGAAUGGUGAUGACAGUUUGCUCAAUGCAGAUGAAGAACUGCUUAUGUUUCUUGAAGAAGUUAUCAUUUACACUUUUCAACAGACCGUCUAUCAUCUUACGAAGGUCUUGUAUAUCGCUCUUCCAGCGAUCUUGGACACAAAUCCAUUCCAAGACACAGACGAAAACAGUGACAAGAGACCACAGGAAGUGGAAACCGUAAUCAGCAUCUUUCAGAUCACUUACGAUGUUGUCAAAGCUUAUUCCGUUCACGAAGACAUACUUCAUCAACUCUUUGCGUAUUUGUUUUUCUUCACAAACGCGUCCUUGUUCAACACUUUGAUGGAGCGGGGAGCUGGGGGCAAGUUCUACCGCUGGGCUAAAGGAGCGCAGAUACGGGGCAAUCUGGAUAUGUUGGAGAGCUGGGCUGCCCAGGUGCAACUUCACGACGAGGCUAAUGAGUAUUUGAUCAGACUGUCCACCGCGGCUGAUUUAUUGGCCACACCCAAAGUACAGCUCCUACAGGCUGACUGGGUGACAAUCAGAAGAGAUUUCCCAGCACUCAACCCGGCCCAAGUGCAGCAAAUUUUGAGUGAAUAUCAACUCGGCCCAGGCAGGUCUCGGCCAAGAGGCUGGUUCCCCCCUCCGGAGGAAGUAGAGCCUGCACUCCGCACGGCGGACAUGUUAUUGAACUUCUCAGAACAUCCACCAUUGAAACUCCCGACUGAAGGAUUUGUACUGGACUUUGAGAAUGGACCUACGGAUCAGUCCUUCUACCACUAUUUAGAUACGAUUAAACAAGCAAUGAAUCCAGGUCUCGGAAAAAAUGGAUCAGGUACGGCAAGAGUGAACGGAAUCAACAGAGUUCAACAACCAGAACCGGAAGUGCUUCAUUCAGAUGUGAUUCGUACUUCGUCAUUUACACAUGGUCAAGAUCACGUGCCUAAUUUGGUAGUCUCCCCAGCCUCCCCCUCAAAGGACAAGAAAGAAUUCACAUUCGAGACGGUCAUGUCUAAUUCACCUCCAUCCAGGGAAGAGGACGAAACAAGUGUUCCCAAAGAAAAGAGAUCUGUCGCCUCUGUUGAGAGAAGGGAGACUCCCCCUAGAGAUAGGGAUGCGUCGCCAAAUAAACCAAGAACAUCAGAUCCAUCUCUGGCAGAGAACUCCGAAUUUGCUAAUGGUGGAAAGCGUCCCCUUUCCAGAUUAGUUUCAGGCCAAAAGAUUCCUUCCAGAUCCAGUUCUCCAGUUAAUCGUUUAGAGGGACGUGAUUCCGCUGGGCUGUCCGAUGAGGACCCUUCUGUGGUGUCUGCCAGAACACUGGAGAGUAAAGACCCCAGGGCUUCAGACGUACCCCUGAUAGAAGUCAAGGAUGAAAAUCAAAACAUGGCAGCUGUGCCGGAGAGAAGAGCAGCUUCGCCGUACACGAACGACAACUCCAAGUGGGUUGAAGUUACUGGUGCCGUGACGCGUGAUGCCGUAAACAUUGCAGACGGAUUGUCAGUACUUCCGGUGGACGACUCAGAAACGAACGAAGAACUAGCUUUACAGAUAGCGAUAGACCCAACGGUUGAAACUUCUAAGGAAUUCGACGAGAGACGAGCGCUUCAGAAGGCGAAGCUUUUGAGCCGUUUGAGAAAUGAAUCCGAUGUUGAUCUUGGAGGAGAAAUACCUGAAGGUACAAGUGACUCACCGGCCAAACUGGAGGGUAUGAGGGAAAAUGAUGACCGACAGGAUGACGUGUUUAUUGUAGAGCUGGAGAAAGGAGACGAAGGAAUAGGCUUGGGACUCAUUGACGGUCUGUACACACCAUUACGGUCCCCCGGGAUUUAUGUCCGGACCCUGGUGGCUGGAGGACCAGCUAUAAAGGAUGGUCGGCUUCGUCUUGGUGAUCGUAUCCUUGCUGUAAAUGGAACCAGUCUCGUUGGAGCCGAUUAUCAAAGUGCCAUGCAGCAAAUCCGUGAAGCAGGGAAGCAGUUAUCUUUCUUAGUGGCUAAGUCUGAUAUUCAUGUGGCGAUGAAGAUCACAGCUUCAAGUUGCUAGCAAUCCCACAAAUAUAGAGGUACCUCGUCACGUUGUUAUGUCAUGUCACGCAGUAGGAACGUUGUUGCGUGACAUCCCAAACAUGCAAACAUGGGCUGCGGGAAAGACCGAGUGACCAAGUUUUGGCAGGACCCAGUUCGGAGGCCUGUUCUACUUUUUAAUCGAGUUAAACAUCAAAGACUAAUUUUCCUCACCUUUGUGGAGUGAUGAAAACUGAAUAUACUGACAAAAAUGUUUCGUAUUCAAUAGCUGGAACUAGAAUUUUUACGAGAGCAACUUUUCGCUUAACUCGUCAACCAAGAAACUCGAGUGGUUUGUAUUUUUGCACAUUUUUAUCUUCCGGAGUGUGGAGUUUAUAACCACUUUUAUGAUAUUGAUUGUGUGAUGUGAUCUCUGAGGAUUUUUUCUACAUACUUUACAAUGUACACCCUAUCAUGUGUGCCCACGUUACCCUCAGUUGUCAGAUUCAUACCCACGCCUUGGACUUUUCGUGCUUUUUAUAUUUUAUAUAUUUUAAUGGUUAUUUAUCCUGAGUCAUAUUAUGCCGUUCAAGUUGUUUAUCGCUGUGAUUCUCAACGCACUUUUGAAUAAAAUACGAUUUCCUAA